AUGCAACUUGCUAGGAAACGAUCGGGAAGUGGCCCUCGACUAAUUUUGAGUCCAAUACCUUCUGUGAGCAGUCUAAUCGCUACGUCAACAAUGCAACAGGAUAUUACCAAGGCUGCAGUCUGCGAUCAAACCAUGAAUUCGAUUUUGGAAGCGGAUACUGCACAACUCCGCCAACAUUUUUUUGUCGCUCAGAGCCACGCCAAAAAUGCUCUCCUUUAUCGCGGGCAAAAGUUGGACUUCGAGAACAAAUACAACUUAAUCUACAAGAAAAUGUACGAAGACUGGAACUUGAUGUUAAUCGCCCGCGAUGAUGGAUCUUCCGAGAUCAGCUCUCAGAAGUGGCAGAAAGGAAUGGACAAGUAUCUCGGCGAAUUGAGCAGCGUGCCGGCUUUUCUUUCACAAGUCACGAUCUCUUUGGUGCAAACUUUGCACGAAGAGCGGACCCUCUCGCAACCAUCAUAUUCUGUGAUACACGAUGAU